AUGGCGACGCGCGACCUUCUCGAUGGCCCCAUUACGCUCUCCGGUGCCACCGCUCGGAGCAGCAACAUCUUACACUCUUUGCGCUAUCCAUCCCUUAAAAGUGCCUUUUACGCGCGCAUCGAGAGUCACCGGGCUUUGCUCACCGAGGUCAUCGCGCACCACCUCGGCGUCGCGCCAUCUGCCGUCGACAUUUCCUCGCAAAAGUGGUGGCGCCACGGGUCAUUCAAUCUUUGCCUUCCAGGUAGCGUGCUACAGCCAGUGCCAGCGGGUGUUCCAAAAUAUUUCUUCAUUCGUUUCCCCCUGCCAUACCGCGUAGGCGAGACAACCAGGCCCGGCAAUGCUGAUGAGAAGCUCGCUUGUGAGGCGGCCACCUAUGCCUGGCUGGAGGAGAAUUGUCCUACGGUGCCCAUCCCGCAACUCUAUGGCUUUGGCCUGUCGAACAACCUAAGGUACACCAAUUGCGAGCUAUUGCCAUGGUGGUCGCGUUGGUUCCAACAUAUCCGGCGCGGUCUCCUGUCUAGAUUUGGCUUUCAAACGCCAACGCACUACGUCAGUCAUAUAUCUCCCCGCUUCGCCGAACUCGACAUAGGCUAUUUGAUUAUCGAGAUGAUUACACAAGACCAGGGCGAAAUGCUCUCUGAAUCGUGGGAGGAGUACCACACUGACGCCCAACGGAUGGAAAACCUACAACGCGGCCUCGCUAAGAUUAUGCUAUCUUUGGCUAGCAUUGAGCUGCCUCGUAUUGGCUCGUUUCGACUCGACCGCCACGGCUACCUACGUUUAGACAACCGACCACUUGACGUGCCAACAAUUAUGCAUGAAAAUGAAGACCUAUCACUCGAUCUACCCCGGCAAACCACUUUUUCCACAUCCGCAGAGCUCGUCCUAUCUCACUUGGACGCUUUCGAUAGGCGUCUUCUCAACCAGCCCAACGCCAUUGUUAGUGAGGAAGAUGCUUGGUACCAAAUGACCAGCCUCAGCGGCGCCAGGCUCACGCUCCCACAGCUUCUCUCACGAGACUUCGCCCACGGCCCCUUCGUCCUUGCUCUUACCGAUUUAAGCCGUAGUAACGUCUUCGUCGACGCCGACCGGAACAUUACGUGCAUCAUCGAUCUUGAAUUUGCGUGCGCCUGGCCGGCAGAAUUCUGGCAGACGCCGCACUGGCUCGAUGCAGAUUUCAUUGACCAGAUUGACUAUGAUAAACUCACAGCUCGCCAUAUGCGGUUCAUAAGUCUCAUGAAAGAAGAGGAGAAGCACGCUCACUAUCGAGGGGAUAAAGAACCUCUCUCGAGCAUUAUGCAGACAGCUUGGGAGAGGGGCACGUUUUGGAUUAAUCUGGCGUUGCGCGAUCCAGUGGCCUUUACGACUGUCUUUUAUGAGCAUAUAUUACCACGCCACUUUAACUUUCCUGAACAUGAGCUCAAUGAUGGAAAUUAUUUCGCCUUCUGCUCGCGUUUCUGGUCUCCAAAUAUACCAGCUAUCAUUGAGCGCAAGCUGGAGGAAAGAAAGACAUAUCUAGACAAAGUCAGAAAAGAAUUUGCUCCCGCCUGA